ACACCAUGAUUUACUGCCAAAUCUUUAUUUAUUUGAUAAAUACAUGUUACUAACGUACGGAAACCUUAUGAACAAUGCAGUAUCAUUAUCGUAAAACAUUAAAAUGCUGAUCAAGAAUGUCGCGAGGAACAGUUUUAAGUUCCGAAGAGGAAAUCAAAAUGGCCGCAAAUCGUAAUGCAGGAUUCUCAAUUCGAGAAAUAGUAAAUGCAAUUAAUAAAUCUUUUUCUACAAUUACGUAACAAAUAUGGCAAAAAUCACUAUACAGAUAUAACUCUGGUAUAUUUAUCUUUUUGUAAUAUCGUGAUACAAAUAUCUCAUAAUUAUUUAAUCGGUAUUUGUAAUACAAUAUAAUUGAUUUACCCGUAAACCGAUAGUAAAUCGAAGCAGCAAAUUCUGGGAGUAUGACGUAUCGCAACUUUUCUUGUUUCACUUCACCUUCGAGGCCCUUGAAGUAAUAACGUCGCUAGAAUAUCACGAUAGCUUCAUCGACAUUUAAACUCAAUUACUGAAACAGGGAAUGGCCAGUUGAACGCCGCCAUCAUCGCUUUAAUCAUCGACGUUACUAAUUACCUGUAACAACAGUACUUAUGAAAUACCAAUAUCGUGUUACGUGGGCUGCUUUCAAGGACGACGCGCAUCUUUCAUAAACUAAAUAUUAUAAAUAACAAUUAUAUAGACAAAUACGUGUAGAAUACCAGAUCUAGUUUCGUAUGGUCUUCAUAGUUCGAUCGAAUGAAACCAGCAGUGCCUAUUUUAUCCCUGUUCUAAACCCCUGCGGGAAUUACGAGAAAUACAAGUUUUCCUGCUUUUGAGAAAUCCUUCCUCGGACCAGAAUUUAACUGACUCAUUGAAUACGUACUCGGAAAGUCGUGAGCGUAAAGUACAUUAAGUCUUGCGAACAGAAGGAAAAGGGAAGCGUUGGGGAACCGGUCUCUUGGAAAUCACAGUGACGCAGAUUCUGACUCGCUCGUUCUGAAAACCCGACGAGGUUGGAUUUUUCAUUUUCCUGUAACACGAGUGCACCUACUCUCUAUUGGAUUUUCAGAGUUGGGUCCGUCGUUCGAAUACAUUUGUUAACGAAUAGAUCGUCGCUUGCCUCGACGCAUGGCGUUUGUUUACAAUUUAAAAAAAAGGUACAGCCCCGAUUUAUUUCUUUUUCGACCUUCGACGUCUGCUCGAACGUUUCGUACGUCACACAAAUAUCAUCGAUACGAUUCGUUCCUCUUUUUUUUUCCAGAUACGUAAUUAUAAAUCGUAAUUGUGUUAAAUAGCGAGAUAGACGUUGGCGCGCGUUAAAAGAAUAACCGUGCCGCGUCGACCUCGCACAUCAGAUAUCCGAACGGUUUCCGCCAAUCGGUGCGCUGCUUGUCACUCGAGAACUGCGCGUCCUGUGGUGCACGAUCCGGGCAAAGCUGGGUAUUUCCCUCUCGAACACUGUAGCGGGAGGAUCGCGCUUGGAGGGAGGAGGUUUCACUCUCCCAUGUCACUCUCACCGUGCGCUUGCAUUCUCCCGAUAUAUACCGAGGGAGACGCGACGUUCUGCUGGUCAGUCGCGAAAAUUUGCUUUCCGGUAGGCCGUAUCGUGUACGCGGCUCAAACUUGCGGUCUCUGUUUCUAGAUAAAGAGACCCGGAGAAAAACGAAAAGAUUCGUUGGCCGUAGGGAGACAGUCGGAGCGAAACAGCGCGAGUCAAAGAUAGAGAGGGAAAGAGAGAGAGAAAGAGAGACGGAGACGGACGAGUUAUAGGGGAUAUUCGCACUCUCCACGGUUCCGUCGGUUCAGUCACACUGCGCCACUCGAUCGAGCAACCUCGCGGCCCUUCUUUCUUUCGGACUCGUUAACCGGUCUGUCUUUCUUUUCUCUUUUCAUUUCUCUCUUACUCGUCAUUCCCUCAACCGCGCGAGAAGUUCGUCACUGUUGCUCUUCGCGCUCGCGCGAUUACAUCUCCAAAACGAAAAGAAAGAAAAAGGGGGAAAAAAACCGAUCAAAGUCAAACGAUCUCUCGAGGGUGUUACACGGAUCUCCGAAAGGUGCACGUGAACCGAGUGAUUGGACCCGACUGAGAACCGGCUCUCGGACUUAGAAGGUUCUGGUCGGAGCCGUGGAGGCGGGCCGCAAUCAGACAUGAACGGGAUUUCCAGUCAAUGCGCGAAAAUUAAGGACUCGAACAUAUACGACGGCGAGGAUGACCGCGCGAUGAUGAUCAAAAAGCCCGUGCCGCUGAGGACCGUUUCCUGGACGGAGAACGUCGAGGAAAGUAACCUGGAAGUGCCAGGGACUCCCAGGACUCCGCGAACUUCGACCACGCCAGGUCAUGAAAAAUGCAUGUUCCACCACGAUUUGGAGCUGGAUCAUAGGCCACCCACGCGCGAAGCGUUGCUUCCGGAAAUGUCACGAAGCUACAGGCUACUUUUAAGUUCUCUCGGCGAGGAUCCCGAUCGACAGGGUCUUCUGAAGACGCCAGAACGGGCUGCAAAGGCUAUGCUGUUCUUCACGAAGGGCUACGAUCAGAGUAUCGACGACGUUUUAAACGACGCCGUGUUCGACGAGGAUCACGACGAGAUGGUCGUGGUAAAGGACAUCGAAAUGUUCUCCAUGUGCGAGCAUCAUUUGGUACCGUUUUAUGGAAAAGUCUCGAUCGGUUACCUGCCCUGCAAGAAGAUCCUCGGUCUUAGCAAAUUAGCCAGAAUCGUGGAAAUCUUCAGCCGCCGCCUGCAAGUUCAAGAACGACUUACCAAGCAAAUCGCAGUGGCGGUUACCAAAGCUGUGCAACCGGCAGGAGUGGCAGUGGUUGUCGAGGGAGUGCACAUGUGCAUGGUGAUGAGGGGAGUGCAGAAGAUAAACAGUAAGACGGUCACGUCGACGAUGCUGGGCGUGUUCCGGGACGAUCCGAAGACCCGCGAAGAAUUCCUCAAUCUGGUCCACAACAAGUAAACGCCUGUUUGCACUUUCUUCCUCAGCAAUGUCGUUGUUAUCAUUGGCCAAGGGGCCACGUAUCCGCGGGGGGCCCCAGACACGAUAUUUGUCCCAGCGUUUCGCUCUAUUGCUACCUCACUACAAAAAAAAAAAAAAUGCGUCCAAAAGGAAGUUUGAUUUCGAUGGCGUGGUCAUGUUUGUAACGCUCCUAUUAUUGUUUCGCGAGCAUAACGAUCGCUCGACGCACGCCAGAACGUUACGAAAGGCGAAAAAUACAAUCACUGUCCGACGACUUGAUCGCGUGGGCAAAAUAGUCCUUCGGGCUGUCGCGACAGAACGGGUAUCAAGGUUGGACGACGUUGUCUAAGGCGUCUUGAACAGGACGCUCUUAAACUGCUGAUCGAAUGACACAGAGACAAUAUGGUAGUUAAUUGCAGGAACUUUACGUAAGUUUUACGAAUAAAUGAUAAUAACGCCUUCUCGGUAAAGAGCAGAGAAAAAGCGUUGCUCUUUUUUUUUUUCCUUGCCGCGGGAGCAGUUAGAACUUACGGAUCGUUUCGCAAAACGCGAGUCGACGACGCACGACGCCCGAGAAAGAGUAUCAAUUACGUACCUGCCGUCGGGUAUCUGACGCUUCUGAAACAGGGCAAAAUGUGUCUCAGACAGUAUUCGAGCGACGAACACAUUACUAAUUUGUAUUCUGUUUUGUCGUCGAUAUUGUAUCACCACAGAGUACAAUAUAUUAGGUUGUUCGUCGCUUGUUCUACGAACUGAUGAACAUGUGCACUAUUUCAGAUGUAUUUCACUUACAAAAUCAUUCGAACGUGCUCGUCCCUGUUAUGAAAAUAUAUUGGUAACAUUAACGCGCUGCUGGACCAGCUGUAAUUACGACCAUUUGAUUGUUGUGCUUUAUGAAUACUAUUUGCAAUGUUAUAAAUAUAUUCGGGAAACGCGCCAUACGUUCGGAACGUCUUUCGUCGGGCGACUGCGUUUUCAUUAACGAGACAAAGAAAAAAUUAGAAAAUUCUUCGACGAAGUUUCCCGAUCGGUAUCGACCGAACGAUCACCUGGAACACUUUCCAGUAAACAAACUCUCGCGACAAUACGUAUUUUAGAAUCUAUACUGUACAGUGAUUCCUGGUGCCGAUCGAGAAAUUACGGAUAUUAUAAUUGUGGAGGUGAAUGCUCAUUCCGAGUACGAUAAUGCUUUCGAUUUCGUUACCGUUUCUUACUUGUACAACGUUCCAGCCAUACGUUUUACAACACGAAACGCUUGCAACUUUGGUCUCUUAUUCCUCGUUCCAUUAAUAUUUCUUACCGCUAUUGUCACUUAUUUGAGCGGUUUUAACGAAGUAUCAAUACGUAUUAGGUCGUCCUAUGAAUAAUGCCAUUUUUGACACUGACUUUUGCUGCAAAAAAUGAAUACUUAAUUAAAAAUGUACGUGGUAAUCGCUCGGUACAAGAUCCAGAGAGUACGAAUGGGUGUGGUACAAGUUCCCAAUUAAAAUUUUUAAUUUUUUCCAUCGUUGUCCUUGCGUGCAGUCUAGCGUCAUCGUGAUGGAUGGUAUUCCUUUUACGAUUCAUUAAUGAUGGUCGUUUUUCUGCUAAAGUUGCUCGUAGUCGAUCAAGUUGUUGACUAUAGAUAUCUGCUGUUACGUCAAGUAUCCAUUUAAAGUAAGACAAGAGGCACUACUUCUGGGAUGACCUAUUACAUUUGCGAUCCGUCGAAAUGGCGAGAAAUUUCACCGUGAAAGUAAGAGUCCAACGUACAAUGUUCCAGCCAUACAUUGUGCGUCGCAAAGUAUUUAACGGCUCUCAAAAUUGGUCGUAGCAUUAAAUAAGCCGAUGCAGAAUUUUGACCGUCGUGCAAUUUACAUUAUUACUUUUUAUCAGUACAAUCUCCCCCAACCAUUCCAUUUGAAUCGAGCGAGAAAACGAAAGAAUAAGCAACAAGUUUGUGCUCGUAUCGCGAAAACUUCGAUCACGUGUUCUCUUUUUUCCCCCUGUAACUCCGUCGCGGCGUACAAACGCAGUCACGCUUCUAAAGUCUCGACAAAAUAAUUCCAGUACUUAAGAAGGUGUAACGUUACGUAUCUUACUUUUAAUAUUGUCUACUAACACGCCGUCUAUUGACUGACAAUCCAGUCGUAGUCUCAUUUUACGUGUCUGCUCGUUACGGAUCGAAUGAAGAAGAUCAAUGAAUGCGAAAUACGUUACAAGGGGUUUAAGGUAUUGUUUCGAAUCGUGUUUAAAAUUUUAUAAUUCCAUGGCGCAUUCAUUGAGCUUUCGUGAAAAACGUACAGGUACAGGUGUGUCGAAUGCAAGGUUCGGACGAUAUCUCGCGACCUUUGGUGUAGCCUUCGAUUCUAUUUUGUAACAUUAAACAAUGAAACGAAAUCUUAAUGUUAUUUAUGAGAAUGAAUGUUUAAUAUUUAUAAUAUUUUUC